AUGAAGCUCAUCAUCCUCUUCCUCCUCACCGUGGUGGCCCACCCGCACGCCGGCAAUAAACCCCGCGAGCCAGACGGUGCGCCUAUUUGGCGCCGCCACGAGCCCGAGCCUGCCCACCAGCCUGAUCUUACUCCUACUCCGGAGGUGCCGUGCGGCUGGUGGUAUCCGCCGUGCUGGAAGCGCAAGGUGGAGCGCGGCUGCACACCCUGGGGCCCGCCGUGCUGGAAGCGUGACGACGCCUAA